GGCCACACAACUCUGGUGUUCCCACGCUCUGUCCUCUCUCUUCCACCUCGCCGCAUAACUCGGCUCCAUGGCCUUCUCCUUUCAAGCUGCUGCACUGCUACUCCUUCCCGCAUCUGAUGGUGCCGCGCUGAUGGGCAAGCUACAGCCAGCUGCUACCGGAGCUUCAACCACUGGUGGCGGAGCUGCAACUCGCGGGGGCCGUCGGUGCUGGAGCCAGAUGGUGGCGAGCUUGAACGGGCGCCCCGUUUUGCUGCAACCGGACAUCCUAGAGCUGGAACCGUUGCCCUCCGCUGCCUCAACCGGAGAAAGUCUUCACGUCGUGGAGACGGACGGGUGGGCUGUGAGAUUUUUGCUGGAACCACUACUAAGAUUUGCUGGAACCGCCAAAUCAUUUUGCUUCAACCAAGUACUCGAGGUUUUUGUGGUGGCAGUCAUGGCGAGCGGAGGCAGCCGAGGCGAGCGCGGUGGCAUGUGUGGCCGGCGAUGACAGCGCUACCAUGGCUGCAACGGCGACGACGGAAAAGCUGCUACUAGCGACUUGUUUUUUGCUGCGAGUAGGAAAUCUCUACCAGCGGGGAUGGAGAGCUGAUGUGAACGGGACUGCCGGAGGGUUGCGACGGCGGAUAUGGUGGCCGGCGAUGCUGGAAGACGGAGACACUUGCAGCCGGCGCAAUAGUUGAUGCGUGCGGGCUGCAUCUGGUCCGCGAUCCUCUUUUGUCGGGGGUACCUGAACUUCUGAAGACCAGCGCGUGGACGAUGACAGGUGACGUAUCUAACGGCUGACAGUACUCUAAUCUAAUUAAAUCGGUCGGGUGCUAGGCGACCGGCCGAAAGUUGGGCCGGUGCGCCGGCGCCUAGCAC